AUGGAACAUGACCACUCAGACGCGUCUUAUACGAGUACGAAAUCAUUAUCACCUGAUUCUGGGUCAGGGUCAUCGCACGCUGAUGCUUCGAACCGUGCAAAAGGUGGAUUAGAAGAAGCUACAUUGAACGGACGCAUGGUGACUUUUUACGAGAAUGACAACAACCGCAACCACAAUGAUAAUACAACGCCCACCGAACCCAUACUCCGCGAUGCGGUUCUCGAAACCGACCACUUCUCUGGGACUGCGGCGGGGUCUGCAAGACCAGAGGAAUCGGAUGUACAAGGACCCAUACAGCUAGGAAGCGACCACAACUCCGCGAGCGACCAUAUCCCUAGAGAGCCAGAUGCCGAUGAUCCCGGCCGUGACUCCCGGUCAAGGGACUCAAGCUCGGCCACGAACCACAAUCUCAUCAACAAUCCCCCAAAUCUUGCACGGAUACGCCAAGUAAUGUUCGAGUGCAAGGAUCCCAUAGAGAUCAGCCUGGAGGAAUUUGAGACUUAUUGGCCGUUCAUCGACAAUGUAUGGGUCAAACAGAGGUCUAAUUCCAGCAAAGAAGGGCAUUGCACUACGGACUAUUAUAUGUGUCGACUGCGACGCCCCACUCAUCGUACGUCAGAAACUCGGCCUCUUCCUGAAGGCAAACGCCCUCGAAAGAAGAGGGUGCGGGAGGGUGGUAUCUGCAACUUCCAAAUCAAAGUUGUCAAAUUUGAAGGAGCAUAUUCGACGGUGACAAUUGCGAGGACUCCAGGGAGCAGUCAGGUACAUUCGCAUGAUCUCGAUUAUAUUGACCGAGUGAAGCGAAAUUCUGGACUAAUGGAGUUUGCGCGGAGGGAAGCAAUCAAGGGCUAUUUGCCUUCCUCGAUCUUCACGAAGUUCCAGGAAGAACCUGAAAAGCUAAUUGAAGCUGGGGGGAAAUUUUGUACAGUGACGGACGUGCGCAACGUCUCGGCGAAGUGGAGGAUACAGAACCCCGACGUUAAACUUGUGGCGCAUGAAGGCUAUGAAUAUCACAAGGGUCAUGGCAUUGUGAGGAUGCGAGCGGCUGAUGGUAUCAGCAAUACCCCGGGCGACAAGUUACUAUCGAAUGCAGCCAUACACUCAUCCUUACCCCCGGAUACGCUCUCCUUCCCUCAGUUUCCUUUAGAAUUUCUUGAGCCUUAUCUUCCAAAGCACAAUGAUCGACGCCAGUUCCCUCAUGUCACCCUAUCCUAUGCAUCGUCGAUGGACUCUAAGAUAUCACUCCUUCCAGGCAUGCAGACUGUUCUAUCUGGACCAGAGGCCAAACUGAUGACCCACUAUCUCAGGUCACGCCAUGACGCGAUCCUCAUUGGAGUUGGAACAGUGCUUGCAGACAACCCCGGGCUAAACUGUAGGCUGGAAGGUGCAGGCGGGUUCGGUGGCCUUGGAAGGAUGUGGCAACCGCGGCCAGUGGUAGUCGAUCCCACAGGACGAUGGCCCGUACAUCCAGACUGCCGAAUGCUAAGGACUGCAGUAGAAGGGAAAGGCAAGGCGCCGUGGGUAGUGGUAUCUCCGGGGGCCAGGAUUGACCCGCAGAAGUUGAUGAUGCUGAAAGGCUACGGGGGUGAUUACCUCCGUAUCAUGGAGUACAAUCAAAACUGGCGGCUGCGCUGGGAAGCCAUACUACGUGCGCUGGCAUCUGAGGGGAUCAAAAGCGUCAUGAUCGAAGGCGGCGGGACCGUUUUGAGUGAGCUUUUGAACCCCGAAUACACCGAAUUCAUUGAUUCUAUCAUUGUUACUGUCGCCCCAACCUAUCUUGGUUCUGGUGGAGUAAGUGUGAGCCCAGAUUCCAAGCGGGAUCAAGAAGGCAAGCCAAACGCUGCUCUGAACCCUAGGGAUGUGAAAUGGACGCCCCUGGGUCAGAACGUUAUAAUGUGUGGGAGAAUACGGGUUGCGCCCCCUGCAGAGUCCCCUGCUACCAAUGUCGAGUCGUAA